AUGGAGAAGACAUUGCAGGAUCACCUGCUCCGGGCUUUAAACGAAUUGGAAAGUAACAGUUUUAAGAGCUACCAAAACAAAUUAACUGAUUGCAGGAUUAAGGAGGGCUAUGAAAGGAUCCCCAGAGGGAAGCUGGAGAAUAAAGACCGCGAAGACCUCGUCAAACUGAUCUUCCAAUACUAUGGGGAUUCAUACGGUCCGGAACUUACUGUAGGCGUUCUAAAGGCCAUCAAUGAGAACAACGUGGCAGCAGAUCUUCAGAAGCUUCUGGGAAAAGAAUCUUCUGCUUCUGCCUCAAGACCCAAAAUACACUUUGUGGAUCAACAUCGGGAGGCUCUGAUAAAAGGGGUGGCCCUGGUAGAUCCCAUCCUGGAUAGCCUUAUGUCUGCAAAUCUGCUGACUUACGAAGAUUAUUCCACAAUAAGGAGAGAGGGAACAUCUUAUGCGCAGAUGAGGAUGCUCUUCUACAAAUACGUCUGUUCCUGGGAGGAGCCUCAGAAGGAUCUCCUGAGACCAGUACCUCGUACCCGAAGAGCCUAUGCAGAGUUUGUCAUUGCUUUGUACAAUGAUAGUCUUUGCAAAUUACUGAACAGCCUCCAUUUGGACUUCCUUGUGGAGGCUUUUUGCAGAGAAACACAGAACAGGUUCCUGAGUUAG